CUCACGUCACUCACGUUGUGAAAGUGAUUAUAUGAAUAAAAUAAAGUUUAAUCGUGUACGUGAUUUAUUUAAUGAUGAAUGAUAAAAUUGUUGCUUGAUUAGUUUAAUAAAGAAACUUUAUCUAUUUUGGUGAAUUAAGUGCAGUUUAUUACUGGAAGCAAGAUAUCGAGAACUAAACGGUCACAAUGUGUCCCAUUUGGCCGCUGCAUCUGAUAAUCCUGUACAUUCUGGCAUUAUGCCCCCUCUGGGUUCUCUGCCAGGAGCUGCCGAAACUCACGGCUAACUUCAAACCUCAGGAGCUGGAAAUGGUGAUGGAAUACGCUGAGUACGUCAGUGUUUCUGUUAAAGGGGACGAUCUUCGAGUCGGGGAUCAGUUUCUACUCGAAGUGGACAGAAGUCACAUAGCAGUACCAGAAUGGAAUUCUAGCUAUAGUUUAACGGACCAAGAAGCAGCUUCGGGGCAGUUCGACGGAAAGCUAAGGGUGAAGGGCAAUUUUUUAGGUAGCACAAAUGUGAGAGUAGUGAAACAGCGAGGAACGCAAACGUUCCAGGUCAAUGGUAGCUUGCCUGUCACAGUUCUGAGGCCGGAGAGAGUCAUUGACCGAAUCUUCGUGACCUCUGUCGCUUUGUUUGUAUCCCUGAUCUUUAUAAACUUCGGGUGCGCCAUGCACUGGCCAACCGUGAAAGAUGUGCUCAAGCGACCAAUCGGACCCUUAAUUGGCAUGUGCGGACAGUUUCUUUUCAUGCCACUGAUUUCCUUUGGGCUCGGUUAUUUAAUAUUCCCGGACGACGGUGAGAUGCGCCUGGGCAUGUUCUUCACUGGCGUGAGUCCGGGUGGCGGCGCCUCCAACAUUUGGACUUUCAUUCUGGGAGGCAACUUGAAUUUAUCAUUGGCUAUGACAAGUAUUUCGACGAUUGCAUCUUUCGCUUUAAUGCCAGCCUGGCUUUUCUCUCUCGGACAAGUGGUAUUCAGCAAUGCGAACAUUGUUGUGCCUUACGCCCGUAUUGCUAGCUUCGUGGCCGGUUUGUUGAUCCCUCUAGGGAUAGGCCUGGGAAUGCAAAGAUGGACGCCGAAACUGGCCGCUUUCAUGGUCAGGAUAUUGAAGGGAUUUUCCACAAUAUUGUUGCUGUUUAUCAUUAUAUUUGCGAUUGUGACAAAUUUAUACAUCUUCGAGCUGUUCACUUGGCAGAUUGUCGUAGCGGGCAUAGCCAUCCCGUGGCUGGGCUACGCGUUCGGCUACGCGCUCGCACGCGUGUGUAGGCAGCCGCACCCCGACGCGCUGGCCAUCUCCAUUGAGACCGGCAUCCAGAACACCGGUAUCUCCAUCUUCUUACUGCGCUACGCGCUGCCGCAGCCCGCGGCUGACCUCACAACUGUGGUGCCAGUGGCAGUCGCCAUCAUGACGCCCAUCCCUAUGACGUGCAUAUACGUCGUUCAGAAAAUAAUGCAAUGUGUCACCGACCGGAACACGCAUAAAAAAAUCGAUGAAUCAGACGGAGUACCCGAGUCGCGACAGCCCGACAUCGCAACCAUUGAUGUCCGCAAAUCAUCAAGUGUGAACGGCGCCUUAGCAUAAAUAGGUGAUCAUGUUAUGUUAUUGUGUGCUGUGUUUUUCUAAAAUGCAUUUAUUUGUUUUGAUCAAUUUGCUCAAACCAUUUUGCAUCAUAAAGGUUCCAGGAGUGCAAUACUUAUAAAUUUUAAAUUCUGAAAUUAACGAUUAGGAAUUCUAUAACUCGUUUCAAAACUUUGGAAGAAGCUUCAGGGGUGGUUUGCGUGUGUCCCAUAAGACGCCCUUUUUGCGAAAGUGUUGAAUAGUGUCCUAGUCGAGGUCCCGCCUGGGCUCGGAAAACGUUCCGAUCGGGAGAGGUAAUCAAAGUCAAGCUGCAAGACCCACUAUUUAGCUUAUAAUUAAGGUUUCUGCUCAAGAUUUCUCGACUCGAGAAGUCUGGCCAAAUUCGAAACGAAAAUAUCCCUGAGAACUCUCGCAGUCCGUAAACCUUUUUUAAUUACUGAAAAAUUGGCAUAAAAGUUCGCGAUUUUUUUUUAAUUUCUCGAACAACUCGAGAAAAUCGACAAUCGGGUACGAUGACUCUCGAAAUUCGAGAAACCAAAAACACUACCUCUAAUACGGGUUACAAAAGCCUUGUCUUUUUGUCUGGUAGCACUGCUAAACUCCUUCAUAAAAAAGAAAAUGAUGGCAAGAAGGGUGGCACAUAAAUUUGCAUUAUUUAAAUAUUAUGAUCUAAUACCUGCCCAUUAAGAUUUGUGUACAUGAAUUUCACAAAACUUAGAAAAGCACAGCAAUACAAUAAAUAUAUAUAUUUUCCUAUUUUUUUUUCUAAGAUCUUAGGUGAAAAUGUUUAUGCCUACUUAACUGUAUUACUAUUACGUAUUAAAUGUCCAAACACAGGUGUGUCCAUGUUUUGACCGUGAGCGGGGAAUAUUUUGUAUGAGAUUUUUUUCAACUAUGUAACGUUUGUUGUUUUAAUUUAUUACACUUGGUUUGUAAAUAGUAAAUAAAAAUACAUAAUUAUCAAAAAUCAUGAGACAUGAUCACAUGAGACUUGUCAAGUUAUGUCUCCGGGUGUCGGGCGCAGUGGCGAUGGCGGUGUCCCCAGAUCUUUAUGAUUUUAAACUGUUAUGGGCAGGCGUGUGGUUUACUGCCAGGAGCGCGACUUGUUCGUCCCGUCACUUGGUGUUAUAAAAAAAUAGUGGGCGGUGAGCCAAAAAUCUGGGAACCUAUGUAUUAUAUCCUAUAAGCUCUAAAUUUAAGAGCGAUAUUUUCAUUAUAAUGUAUAGAAGUGCUUAACAUGUGUGCCAACGGUACGCCGUGUUGGUAACCUAACACAAAGUCGAAAUUUUUUUGUUCGAAAUAUCGUUUGUUCGAAUUUUUAUUACACCGAAAACCGAAUUAUAACGAAACAGUUGUACUUUCAGUAUAUGUUGAAUAUUUAUCGCAAAGACACGAU